GUUCAUGAAUGGGCAUUGGAAGUGGGAGGGCCCUUCAACAGUCUUUACCAGCCGGCUGUGGGUUAAAAAAAAGUGGGUGUUGUUGAGCUGCGGUUUUGUUUGGCUCGCAAUGUUUUUGAACACAUGAGCAGCGGGACACCGACGACUGCACAAAAGAGCAAACAUCCAUCGGCUGUGCGGUGCAGGCCGGCGGCGGUGCGGUUCACGGCAGCCCAAGAGGAGUAAGACGAGGCAGAGUCUCGCCUGUGCGCCAUGGGCUUCCGCAAGAAGAACAAGAGCCCACCCGCGCUCAGCCAUGAAUUUGUGAUCCAAAACCACGCCGACAUGGUUUCGUGCCUGGCCAUGAUCAUCCUCCUGGGCCUGAUGUUCGAGGUCACAGCAAAGUUUGCCAUCAUGUUCAUCACAGUCCAGUACAACGUCACACAAGUUCUUGAUGACAAGAAAGACCAAGUGAACCUUUACCAUUAUGGCCCAAAAGAUGUGGCCACCGUGUUUUUUUACCUUCUGAUUGCCAUCAUCCUUCAUGCCCUGAUACAAGAAUAUAUUCUUGACAAAAUUAACAGGAGGCUGCAUCUGUCAAAAACCAAACACAGCAAAUUCAAUGAAUCAGGUCAACUGGCAGCAUUCUACCUGUUCUCCUUCAUCUGGGGUUGCAGCAUCCUGACAGCGGAGGACUUUGCAAAAAAUCCCACUUUCCUAUGGGAGGGUUACCCACACACUCACAUGGUUUUUCAGGCCAAGUUUUUCUAUAUUUGCCAAAUUGCCUAUUGGCUUCACGCACUUCCUGAGCUGUACUUUCAAAAAGUGCGCAGGGAGGACGUCCCUCGCCAACUUUACUAUAUUUGCCUUUAUGUUGUUCACAUCACUGGUGCCUAUGUCUUAAACCUCCACCGACUCGGCCUAAUGUUGCUGGUCCCUCACUACUUGGUGGAGCUCCUGUUUCACGCCUCACGCCUCUUCUACUUCAGUGACGAGAACAAGCAGAAGGGUUUCACUCUGUGGGCUUUGCUUUUUGUCAUUGCUCGCCUGCUCACUCUCACCCUCUCAGUCCUGACAUUUGGCUUUGGGUUGCCCCGGACAGAAAACCAAGGCUUUUCGCUGGUGGAAGGCAACUUUAAUGUACUCACUAUAAGGAUGACGUGUUUGGCCGCCAUCUGCCUGACUCAGGCUUGGAUGAUGUGGAAGUUCAUCAACUUCCAAUUAAAGAAGUGGAGAGAACACAGUCAGAACCUGGCCUCUAAGAAGAAGACAGCCAGCCCAAAGAGCAAACCUCACAAAAGGGAACUUACAAGGGGAGGAGCUGCCAAUGGGAUUGUGAAGCCUGACGAAAAGACAUCACCACGAGCAAGAAAAGCUAAAAACUCCUAAAAACGGAGCAUGUUUUUACUGUUCUCGAAACAAAAUCGCACUGAAGGCUGAACUAUUCUACAGCACAGUCACUACGCCGGCCCUUCUGGCGGCGUCUUGAUCCUGUAUAGCUCUUCGGCCGGGGUGAGCGUGUGAUUUGCAGUUCUCUACCAAAACGCUAGAGGCAGUGUUUUCUUGAGCGUGAGCGACCACAGCAGCAGUAGUGAACAAAGUUGACUGAAGCGACAUCCAGAUCGUUGUUGGAGCUGGAACUCUGAAACCGUCCAUAUUUAUGUCCUAUUGAUUUCACUGCUCAUAUUUGCAUGUUGCGUAUUUAUUCACUGAGACGCUCCUCAAUUCGCACCAUUUUUUUUGUUGUUUUGGCAAACUUUUUGGUGCUUUCACGGGAGGGAAAAAACGGAAAUGAUGUACCAAAAAAGCCGACCAAUCGAGCCAACAUUGGCGCGAGAUAUUUUGAAGAUGCGCGUCAUGCUCCGCCAGAGGGUUUGGAAGGGGAGCAGCCAGCGUUGCGUACGCCGGCGCCGUGAUGCGGUAGCAUAUUUUAGCCUUGAGAAACCUCACGUAGCUGUCUUUUUGGUGUUGAGAUUCCUUUUAGGAAGACUCUCACUGCGAGGUUGCUAGUCUUCUGUGUGGAGGAUUGCAGGACGGAGUUUGUUUUCAUGCUUUAAACAGAACAAAUUUUGCAAAAUAUGUGUACAACUACUUUUUUGCUGUUAUGACAUCGAAUUACACGACAUUUCAGUUUCUUAAUCAACAAGUUAACGUCAAGUGUUAAAGUACAGAUAUACUGUACAAGGUUGUUGGGUUUUUUUUUUGGAUGGUUUGUGUUUUUAGUUUGGGCAUUAAUUAGUUAAACAGGCUGGUGGCUCACAUUCCAAAAGCCUCUCUUGCACAGCACUAAAAAUGGUGUUCUUGUCAGAAAACAUCCCCGUCAGUCAGUCUGUGUAAAUCACUGCUAUUCACUGGAGGUAGUUGGUGUUGAAAUUGUUAACCAAUGAUCAUUUGUGCCUUUGAAAUCCAACAAUCGGAUUGAGGCGCAUUUUCCUAGUUUUAUUUAAUUCCCCCUAGCCCGGUGAACAGCUUCACCCUGCUCACACGGGCCCGUCCUGUCCGGGAGCGGUGCUGUCACCUUUUGAGGCUUCACUGUGUGUAUACAGUUAAAUCUAACUAUCAGCAUGAGCAGACACUUGAGCAAGAAACUGUGUUUGGGGCUGCAACUCAGUGUUUUUCUAUGGUAACGUCAAUGCAUGGUGGUUUGAACACACUAUGGCUAACUCCUACUUGUGCUGUUGAGUUUGCUACUCUCUCUCUCUCACACACACACACACACACACACACAAGCAUUCAGUGGCCUUUUUACAACUGCUGCAAGAGGGUUAUUUAUUUUUGUCAUAGACUACAGAUAGUUAGUAUAACCAGCAAACACAGCGGUACAUAGCAACUGUGUUGAGUUAAUCCAAACAAUACAAUCCUUCUUCAAGUGUCCUUAAAAUGUCAGUGAGUUGUCUCACUUGUUUUUGCUUGUGUGCUUCUUCCAUUUGACUUUUUUUUUUUUUUUAUAUCCUGGGAUAUCAGGGCAUGAGUUGUUU